GUGCUUGCAACGAGUUUGCUUGGACCUCUCUGUAAUGCAUACAUCUCAUAACGUUUGCUCUAUUCUGCGCAAAACAUUGCGCACAAGGUCAAAUAGAAGGAAGGACUGUUUUGUAAAGAUUUUGAUGCAUGAGUUGUCUGAUCAUCAUCAGAUCUCUCACUAACACUAUCUGGAGGACACACACAUCCUUGUUUGCAAGACAUUCCUCAAUCUUGGACAACAUGUUACAAUUCCCAGCAGCAGAGAGGAACAAGGAACACAUGCUGAAUGUUCUGAGGGACCAUUUGUCAGCUGAUAGAGAGGGACAGGGCCUAGAGAUUGCCUCAGGUUGUGGCACUCAUGUUGCUCUCUUUGCACAAAAUUUCCCCCUCAUGAAAUGGCAACCCAGUGAGAUUGAUCAAGGGUGUUUAGAAAGUAUUUCAGCAUAUAAGGAACAUUAUGGGCUACACAACAUACAUGAACCUAUACCAAUAGAUGUAACUUCCCCUGUCCAGUCUUGGAAUGAGGGGAAGUUCCAGCCGGCUUCAUUUGAUGCUGUGGUCAAUAUGAACAUGAUUCACAUCUCACCCUGGGACACAGCAGUGGGAUUAUUUAAAGGCUGUGGUAGACUCCUGAAGAGUGGUGGUUUGCUUUUUUUAUAUGGGCCAUUUGCAAUUCAUGGUCAACUGACUCCACAAAGCAAUGUUUCAUUUGAUGCUUCUCUCAGACAAAGGGACAGUAGAUGGGGAGUCAGAGAUGUUGAUGAUGUGGAGAAACUUGCCAUUCAGAACGGAAUGACUCUCUUUAAAAUGGUUGAUAUGCCAGCAAAUAAUAAAACCUUGAUCUUCAAGAAAUGCUAAAUGUAUACCUCACAAACCGAACAGAGGCUAUUCAUUUUAGCUAAAUUUAUUAACAUGUACCAAUAUUUUAAAUUUUCAAAAUUUCUAUUUGUAUAUAUAAAUGUAUGUCAUUUUGUAGGAAACCAUAAAAUAUUUUUUAACUUGA